AUGACAACUGUAAGACAGAGAAAGGUUGGAAAAGGCACAGAAGGAGCUGAAGAUCAGCCUUCAGAGGAGAAGAGUGUAAAGCCUGAUGGAAAAAAUCUAUCUGAUCAUACCAGUGGAAAGCUGUGGAACAUACUCUCCAUAACUGUUGGCGGAAUUGUUGCCAUCUCUCUUGGACUUCUUACUUCUGUUUAUGUUGCUACAUUGCAUGAAAAUGACCUGUGGUUUUCCAAUAUUAAGGAAGUGGAAAGAGAGAUUUCAUUCAGAACAGAAUGUGGACUUUAUUACUCCUACUACAAACAGAUGAUUCAGGCUGCUUCCAUCCAGCAAGGUUUACAUGGUUUAGUAUAUGACAAUAAAACUGAAUCUGUGAGGACAAUUAACAUACUUGAAAGAAUGAAUGUUUACCAGGAGGUGUUUCUCAGCAUUCUGUAUAGGAUUCUUCCAAUUCAGCAAUACCUAGAACCUGUUUAUUUUUAUAUCUACACUUUGUUUGGACUUCAGGCAGUUUAUGUCAUUGCUCUGUAUAUAACAAGCUGGCUUCUUAGUGGAACAUGGCUUUCAGGGUUGUUGGCAGCUUGCUGGUAUAUUACAAACAGAAUAGAUACUACAAGAGUAGAAUUCACCAUUCCUUUAAGAGAGAACUGGGCAUUACCAUUCUUUGCUGUUCAGAUAGCAGCCAUCACAUACCUACUUAGAACUAAUUUACAGCCUGCUCAAGAAAGAUUGACAUUUGUGGCUGUAUUUAUAGCAACAUUUCUCUUUAGCCUGACUUGGCAAUUUAAUCAGUUUAUGAUGCUGAUACAAGCAUUGGCAUUAUUUGUACUAGACUGCUUUGACUUGCUUCCCACAGCAAAGGUUACAUGGCUUUAUAUCAUUCAGAUUUCUGGAUUGCUGCUAGUCUGUGUCUUACAGUUCUUUAAUUCUAUGAUUCUUGGAUCAUUACUUAUAAGUUUUAAUGCUUCUGUCUUGAUAGCAAGAACAAUCCAGAAAAACCUAAAAAAGGGUCCCUUGCUUAAUAGGCUUGGGAAACUUAUCCUCCAUGUACUAUUAGUCUUGUGCUUGACUCUCCUAAUAAAUAAAUUUAUCAAGAAAAUUCUUAAUCUUGAGUCAGAUGAACAUAUAUUCAAAUUUCUGAAAGCAAAAUUUGGAUUUGGGGCAACAAGAGAUUUUGAUGCUAACCUGUAUCUUUGUGAAGAAGCUUUUGGUUUACUACCAUUAAAUACUUUUUCAAGACUCUCGGAUACAUUACUUUUUUACAUCUACGUGUUUGUUCUCUUCUUUAUGACAGUAGCAGCUGUAAUUGUUGCCUUUCGGAACCUCAGUGGUUCAAAUCAAGUCCAGUUGAUGGAAAAAAUGGGUGAAUGCACAAUAACACUGAAGCCUGAUGCUGCUUACAACUUGAUUCACACAGUUCUUUUUGGAUGUCUGGCAUUAAGCACAAUGAGAAUGAAGUACCUCUGGACAUCCCACAUGUGUGUAUUUGCAUCUUUUGGCCUGUGCAGUACGGAAGUGUGGAAGCUUGUCCUGAAGUGUAUUCAUCUCUACACAUCACAGAGGAUGCACGUGAUGAAGUAUUCCAUACCAAUAAUUACAUUACUAUACAUUUCAUAUAAGUUCUGGCCAGGAAUAAUGGAUGAACUGUCAGAGCUGAGAGAAUUCUAUGACCCAGACACUGUGGAGCUGAUGAACUGGAUUAAGUCAAACACUCCAAACACAGCAGUGUUUGCUGGGAGCAUGCAGCUAUUAGCAGGAGUCAAACUGUGCACUGGACGGACCCUGACUAAUCACCCCCAUUAUGAGGAUAAGAACCUGAGAGAGAGAACAAAACAGAUUUAUCAGAUCUAUGCCAAGAGAUCCCCUGAAGACGUUUAUGGAAUACUGCGCUCCUUUGGCACAGACUACGUCAUCCUAGAGGACAGCAUUUGCUAUGAAAGACGACACAGUAGAGGCUGUCGGUUACGUGACUUACUUGACAUAGCUAAUGGCCAUAUCAUGGAUGGUUUGGGAGAGAAUGAACCUGAUUUGAAACCUUCAAUGUAUCCUCGCUUCUGUGAGGAAAUUAAAAAAAACCUGCCUUCGUACACCACACACUUCAUUAGAGUGUUUCAAAACAAAACAUUCCAUGUUUACAAGCUUGCUAAGCAUAAAUAACAUUCCCAACCCUGGCUUUGAGCUCAGUAUUUUAAUGCUAGGACCCACAUUAGAAGAUGCAGAAGUUUACAAACACAUUAUAUUUGUAAGACAUUCUACAUUGAUGGUUUCUUGUUUAAUUACUGUGAUUUAUUUUUUUUAGACAGUUUAGUUUUGAUAA